UCUGUACCUGGAUUGCACGAAUCUUGACGUUGGUACAGUAGUGUGGACACGAGGGCGAAGAUGGUCUCAUAGCCGGGAAGGGCAGCGGACAAGGAAGUGGUUCCGCAGGGAUUCAGCCCGCCACUGGGGCAUAGAUUCUGCUUAGAAGGUUUGCUUACAGAAAUUUUUUGGAUUGGAUAUUGACCAACUGCAAUAUUUUUGCACGUCUGUAUAUUGAAAAGGAUGGAUUCUGAUAUGGUGAUUGAAGUUCCAGACACGCCUGAGAGGGCAGCACUUACUCGUUCGGUUAGUGAAUCCUCUUCACGUAAUUGUGGAAUCAAAGAUAAGCCAUCUUCAUCCAAUCAAUAUUUAGAGCCAAAGCCAAUGAUCAGAACCUACUCUCGCCAAAUGAAGAAUUGUGGUCCUCAUGAUUUUAAUGGUAAAUGUAUAGCGCCAGUGGAUAACGAUUUUCUCUUCUCGCAAGCCAGAAUAGCUCGAGUUAUCUCUGACAUUCCUGCUAAUAGAAAAAUAAUACAUUCAAGUAAUUGUUCUCCUAAACGCGGGCAAAUUGGUGGCUUGAAUGAGAAUGGGACAAAUCCAAAGGCGAUUGAGUUGAGUCAGGAAAGUCCUGUUAGAUGUAGGAGCUCAAGGAACAAGGAAGAGAAGCAUCUAAGCUGGCAGACGGGAAGAAAUCAAAUUACUGGUUAUGGUAAACUUAGUGUAAAAUCUUCUUCAUCAAUGGAGGGCCUUAGGAAAGACAGGAAUAAUGCAGACAGCUCUUUAAAAGAAUAUGUUAGCUUCUGUACCUCAAAUGAUGCAGAAAAUGUCAAAAGUCACGCGACCGCGGUUUCAAGUGGCAAAGAAAAGAUGAUUGCUCAACAAGAUAAUUCACGAACUAGAAAUGAACAAUUGGAAUCAAAACAUCCUGAAAUUGGUCUCACACAAAGAGAUGUGCAGCAAAAAAAGCUAUCCAAUGGCAACAACAAUAGCCAAGCUGAGCCUUAUUAUGAAGAGCUUAGAAACCUUGCCAAUCAAGGAGCGUCUUCAUCUCCUAUUGUUACAAACUUUGAUAUCGAAAUAGGGGAUGGACCAGCCAAGGUUUCUCAAUCUAUCACCAGGCAGCAGAAUUACAGACGCCAAGAAUUGGUUUUGCAUCCAAAAAACACUGGGCAUAGAAGGCUAGUACGUAAUGGGUGCAUUUCUCCUUUUAACAUAGCAAGAAAUAAGAAUGAUGCAAAGGCUAAAGGGAUUGAGGAAGGACGUGUCAUUUCUAGCAAAAUACCUAUCAAUAACUCUUCUAAAUCUGUGCAUCAUUUUAGUUUUGAAGGCAGGACUACUGAUAAGGGGAAAGGGAAGGAAGUCAUGAAUGAUGAGUAUUUGGCUAGUUCUCAACAUGCUGUAGUUGUACCACCAUACAGAAGAUCCUUGAUGCCUCAAAAGGAAGUGAUUUCAGACAUGGAUUAUGACAGUGGCAGGAUUCAGAUUGAUGGAUAUUCAGCAACACAUAAGCAGGAGGGAAGUUCAUCUCUUCUUCCUUCCUCUCAUGCUGCCUGUAUUUCUGAGACCGAGAAUAUGUCUAGUCAUUUAUCUAGUUCCAGAGGUGAAAUUGCAAAGGGUUGUACAAAAUAUGCUCCAUCUGUUACAUACAUAUCUGAAGAAGCUACCUCCCAAUCUGGUCAAAAUAUUACCCAAGUUCAAGGAUGUUUCAAAUUGAACUCGGAAGCUCCACAACUUACAGGUAAACGGAAAAUUAACUUCACACAUUCCAGUGCCGGUGAAUGCUCGAACUCAGCUGUUGAUAGCCCAAGGAUAUCAUAUGAUCGGACGUCCUUGAAACAUUCAUUUCCACGAUCAACAAGAAGUCGGAAAUCAGUGGAAGUUGAUAAUUCAUUAGCACCUAUUGUGGAGAUUGAUGAAUUGGACGGUAACACCCAAGUGGAAAAUCAUGAACUUUCUGAUGAAUCUAUUGCUAGAUCUAUACAACUUGAAUCAGAUGAGGUACUAGCUCGCCAGCUCCAAGAGCAGUUCUAUCUGGAAUCACCACCAGUGGGAGCUACAGAGGUUGAAUCGACUAUUGGGUGGUCAUUGUUGCAGGAAGAGGAUGAUCUUCAUGCUUUUCAAAGGAGGCGUAACCAGUCUCAUCAGAGGGAGGCGUUACGUCCUACUUUAUUGGGGAGACCAAUAUUUCGUCAUCCAUCUACGAGGAUGACGGCCCGAGCUCGAACAGAAAAUAGAACUGGCCGUAUAAGGAGAAACAUUAGCAGGCCUACCAUGAGUUUGGAAGAGAGGCUCGACUUUCUUGAAGCACUUGAAGCAGCAUUUGAACAUGGUAAUGACAUGGAAACUCCUGAUCAUUUUCUUGGCUUCCAACGUGAUUUUAAUGAGGAUGAUUAUGAGAUGUUAUUGGCUCUUGACGAGAACAACCACAAUGUUGGUGCAUCUGAGAGGCAGAUAAACAGCUUGCCUCAAUCAGUAAUCCAGCAGAAUACUGAUUCUGAAGAAGCUUGUGCCGUUUGCCUUGAGACUCCUGUUGUUGGUGAUGCCAUCCGUCAUUUGCCAUGCUUGCAUAAAUUCCACAAAGAUUGCAUUGACACGUGGCUUAGGAGGAAGAGAUCAUGUCCAAUAUGCAAGUCUGGCAUCACCUGAUUAACUUCCAUUAACUUCAUCAGAUGUUGAAGAAAAACCAUAGCUAGGAAGGGCCUAAGCAAUUCAGUAGUUAGUUCAGUCAGCUUCAGCUUGCUGAUUUUUUCUUCCUCAGUGUACUUAUAAUUCCUUGUUCAGUCUACAAUAUGGGUUUUGGUUUUUAUAUGUAGCUCCUAAGUAGUACCAAUUGGCAUAUAACUGGAAAGAGAGAGAGAGAGAGAGAGAGAGAGAGAGAGAGAGAGAGAGAAGUUUCAUUAAUUAUCUUUUUUACCUCUCUUAUUUUUUCUCUCCCCUUUUGUUUUAUAUGUCAUUGGCAUUUGAGGAGUAUAUUAUAUAUAUUUUUCCUUGUUCAGAGUCCUGAUAUGAAAAGAAGAAGAAAUUAGAUUGAUUGACUUACCAUUGGUUUUCAUUUUAUUCUCCACAACGGUUUUGGUUUA